CUAGUAAACAGCUGAGUUGUUGACGAUGUGUGAAACUUAGAAAUAUUAAACAGAUAUAUUGUUAAAUGGCGAUAGAGCAAGUCAAAAUGAGUGCGGUUCCUGUGCCCAAAAAAUCUAGGCUAGAAAUGAACGUUCGCCAACUCCUAAAUAAGUGUGAAUUUAUUGCAAAAGAGGAACCAAUAGAUACAGAUUGCAGGUUGAAACAAUAUGUUAAAUCUCUGGAAAAGAUGUUAAGUGAGCUAAAGAUGGGACCUGAAAAACCUGCCAAAGAUGUAUUAGCUGAGUACAAUAAAAGAGCAGCUUUCUUAAAAGGAUUGAUCCAAACUGCCACAUUAAAUAGUCCAAUUGAAAAGCUUGAAGCAGUACAACAGCUGUCACAUGGUGCCGCAACUAAUACUGUUGAUGGCUCAGCUCAAGAGAUCCAUCAGAAAACUGUUGCUAAAUAUGGAGUUGAAUUAAGAUCUGAAUUAUUUGGACUAGAUGACAGUGAUGAUACAUUGAGAAAACGCAACAUAAUUAAGGCGGCAAAUUUUACCAGCAACAGUACUAGUCAGGAAGAUAUCGAUUCUUUACUAAAAUACCACCAGAAUAUGCAGGAAAAAGUUGCUGAGAACAUGGUUAUGUUGACUAAAAGCUUGAAAGAGCAAUCUCAGAUUGCUAGCACUAUUAUUAAGGGUGAUACAGAGGCAUUAAAAAAAUCAUCAGACUUGACAGAUAAAAAUCUCAUGUCUUUGAAAGUGGAGUCUGGGAGACUGCAAGAACACAGUCGGAGCGCUUGGAAGUGUUGGUUAUGGCUCAUGCUAGCUGUUGUGAUGGCUAUAUUUAUAAAUAUGGUGCUAUUCAUGAAAGUUAUGAAGAAGAGAAAAUACGAAACAUAAUUAAAUAUCAGUGGUAGGUGUUUUUUAUAUAAGUCGACACCUCCAAGGAAUAUUAUACCUACUUGAUUAUCGUAAAUAUACAGAUGUGCGUUUAAAAAAAAUGUUAAUAAUUUCUAAUUUACUAGCAAUUUCAAUAAAUUUAUAGGUGUCAGUAGUUCACAGUAGGAUAACCAUAACAGAUGUUUAAAAAAAGGUAUGGGUAAUUAAGAGCCUUUGGAUAUUGUUUGUUUUAACAAAAGUAGCACAUAGUUAAAUUACAUAUAUAUAUACAUUUUUGUGUGGUUUUCUUUUAAAAAUAGAAAAUAUCUAAAAUUUGCUGGUAAAGUAUUCCUUGGAAGUGCGAAAUUAUUUUAUGUCUAUUAAAUUAUUUAAGUGUCUAUUAUAAAAUUGUACUAAAAAUGUACGUAAUAAAUAAAAUG